GGCAUGGGGCGGGGACACCCCCGGGCCCAGCGGGCCGUCCGUUCGGCUCGCGAGUGUGUUACCCAAAGAAUGAUAAAGUUGGUUUUAUUUCAAGAAGUCGAUCGAAAAGAAAGCUCAGCGCUCUAGAGUUCAGCUGACGGGAAAGGGGGUGCGCAGCCUCGACUUUGAGAGUUAUCCGGAGCCCCAAAACAGGGGUGGGCUCCAGCUCCCCGCACGCCCCGACCUUCCAUCGUAGGUAACGCGGAAGAGCCUGGGAGAGCGUUAGCGGCGUCCGAGAGCGUGGAGCGGGAAACAGGAUGGGUCUGCAUGGAGAGUGGAAAGGCAGGCUGUGUACUCUGGGGAAAGUGGAGCAAGGAAGGAGCUACAGUGGCCGACGCUGGAGGUCGGCUGCAGAAAAACUAGAAAAAGUAGGGAGGAAAGAGGAAAACAGGAGGCGUCUACACUGAGGGGGUUCUAGAGAGGGAAGGAGGGACUCCGUACAUGGGUGUAGUUCAUUCUCGAAACCUGAGGUGUGCUCUGUCCCGGAGGAGGGGGGCGGGCAGUCGAGGGGGAAUUGGAAGGAAGUUUUGUGUUGGAAAUGUUUCGGGGGAUCUUCUGUAGGGGGACUGUGGAAGCGGAUCUACACUGGGGUAAGUGCAGGAGAUAGAGGCUUACGCGUGAAUCGAUUCUGCACUGAAAUAACUAGGGAAAGAGGAUGCUACCCUGAAAGUGGGGAUACUUGCUUUCGAUGAUGUCGGGGAGAGAGGAGGUCUAUACUGGCGGAGUUGAGAGAGUGGAGGGUCUGCACUGAAGACACGGGGGAAGGGCCGGACCAUGGGAACCCCAAAGCCACGGAUCCUGCCCUGGCUGGUGUCGCAGCUGGACCUGGGGCAACUGGAGGGCGUGGCCUGGGUGAACGAGAGCCGCACGCGCUUCCGCAUCCCUUGGAAGCACGGCCUACGGCAGGAUGCACAGGAGGAGGAUUUCAGAAUCUUCCAGGUGCGUGCGACGACCGGGGACGCUGGAAACCCUGAGCUGCGCGCGGGGCGGAAAGGACUCCUAGCGGGCCGGGCUGAGACGGCGGAGGCCUGGGCCGAGGCCACUGGUGCGUACGUUCCCGGGAGGGAUAAGCCAGACCUGCCAACCUGGAAGAGGAAUUUCCGUUCUGCCCUCAACCGCAAAGAUGGGUUGUGUUUAGCAGAGGACCGGAGCAAGGACCCUCACGACCCACAUAAGAUCUACGAGUUUGUGAACUCAGGAGUUGGGGACUUUUCCCAGCCAGACACCUCUCCGGACACCAAUGGCGGAGGCAGUACUUCUGAUACCCAGGAAAACAUUCUAGAUGAGUUACUGGGUAACAUGGUGUUGGCCCCACUGCCAGAUCCAGGACCCCCAAGCCUGGCUGUAGCCCCUGAGCCCUGCCCUCAGCCCCUGCGGAGCCCCAGCUUGGACAAUCCCACUCCCUUCCCAAACCUGGAGCCCUCUGAGAACCCACUGAAGCGGCUAUUGGUGCUGGGGGAAGAGUGGGAGUUCGAGGUGACAGCCUUCUACCGGGGCCGCCAAGUCUUCCAGCAGACCAUCUCCUGCCCAGAGGGCCUGCGGCUGGUGGGGUCCGAAGUGCGAGACAGGACGCUGCCUGGAUGGCCAAUCACACUGCCAGACCCUGGCAUAUCCCUGACAGACAGGGGAGUGAUGAGCUACGUGAGGCACGUGCUGAGCUCCCUGGGUGGGGGACUGGCUCUGCGGCGGGCCGGGCAGUGGCUCUGGGCCCAGCGGCUGGGGCACUGCCACACAUACUGGGCAGUGAGUGAGGAGCUGCUCAACAGCAGGCAUGGGCCUGACGGCGAGGUCCCCAAGGACAAGGAAGGAGGCGUGUUCCACCUGCGGCCCUUCAUUGUAGAUCUGAUCACCUUCACGGAAGGAAGCGGAUGCUCACCACGCUAUGCCCUCUGGUUCUGUGUGGGGGAGUCAUGGCCCCAGGACCAGCCGUGGACCAAGAGGCUCGUGAUGGUCAAGGUUGUGCCCACGUGCCUCAGGGCCUUGGUAGAAAUCGCCCGGGUAGGGGGUGCCUCCUCCCUGGAGAACACUGUGGACCUGCACAUUUCCAACAGCCACCCACUCUCCCUCACCUCUGACCAGUACAAGGCCUACCUGCAGGACCUGGUGGAGGAUAUGGAUUUCCAGGGCCCUGGGGAGACCUGAGCCCUCACUCCUCAUGGUGUGGCCUCUAACCUCCCCACCCCCUACCACCUCAACCAAUAAACUGGUUUCUGCUAUGAU